AUGGUUUUCAGCUUCAUUCUUCCAACCACCUCACAUCUUUCAUUCCAAACCUUCCUUUCGUCAAGUACUCAUCCUUCUUUACCUCAAUCGGCUUCUACCACCCGUCAUGCACUGCAACUCGCACUCAAGACACACAAGCGCUUACCCCGCGGACCCCAGCAGGACUCCCACCUCUCCACCGUCCUCACCACGCUGAACGAUUAUCUGCCAUACCUUCUCGCUAUAUCACAUGGCCUCAGUGGGAAGCCUGUGGAAAGUAGCACGGGGAAUCAAGAGGAGAUUGAAAUCGUUCUCCAUAAAGAGAUCGAAACGGAAUGGCGCGCCACUCUAACCUCUAAUUCCCUCUCCUUGCGAGGCCGCCAGAAAACCGGCCGAGUCCAAGGCCAUGGAAUUGAUUUCGAGAUUGGUUUUGUCUUGACUACAUUAGGUUAUGUCUUGAGCAGUCUGGCCCGGUCAGGCGUCGUACGGACUCUUUAUGCCUCUACCACCCCAUCUGCCGAACAGCGCACUGCGGCCGUUCAAACAGCCACCAAAUACCUCCUCCAAGCCAGCUCUGUACAUUCUCUCCUCCUCACGUCGCCUUCUUUUGCAAAUACUACCCGCACACUAGCUGCGGGGUUAAACGUGCCAGAUCUCGAUCCGGCGACACAGUCGGCCCUCUCGUCUCUUGCACUUGCCGAAGCCACUUUGCUGGCCGUGUUGAAAGACGAUUCAUAUGUCACCGCCUGUAUCCAGGCUCGCAACCCCAAUGACAAGGACUGGAUGGUUCGAGCACCGGAGAUCCCCAAAGUACGGGCGCUCCUCUUUGCCCGGCUGUGUGUUCGAGCAGCUGAAUAUGGGGAGCAAGCAGCUGCUGGGUUAGGCGCGGUUAGUGCAGAGGGGAAGACCGGGGUAGCUGAUGAUCUUAUCCGGUACGCGCGUGUGCUGGGUAGGGUAGCGCGGGCACGUGCCUGUCGGUUCUUUGGGGUGGAUGCGGAGUUGGUAGGGAAGAUUGGGGAGGGGAUUGCAUGGCUGCGGGCAGCCAAGGGGGCACUGGGACUGAAGAGUGCGGCACCUGGAGAGAAAGAAACACCUACAAAAAGCAGAGGAGGCUUCUCAAAGUUGAAACGGGAAUGGGCUGAACGACGAGAAGGGCGUAAGAUGGAGAAGGACGCUGGCAAUAGAGAUCGGGGCGAGAAAGGCGAGCUUGAUCCUGGCGAUGAUGCAGGACGAGAGGAAGAGGGACGAGUUAUUGAGAUGUUGGAGACAAAAUGGGUGCGGAUGAAUGAUACCAUCAAUACGCAAUUGAUUCCACCAUCUACAGAUCUCCUGGCAAACUUGCCUUCGGGUCGAGAUAUCCAUUCACCUCCAGGUCCGUACAAGCUCCCAUCUCUCGAUGAAGAUCACCUCGUGAGGAUGCGAGCACCACCCACGGAGGAAGACUUUGGACCUGGAAGUGAUAUUGAUGAUAGUGACGAUGAAGCUGCUGCACCUACGCGAGACACGCCUUCUACGGUGCCUGAGCGGAGUGAAAGUGCUUAUUAUUGA